AUGGAUCAGAAGUACGGUGGUACUUGGGUGGCAUCCAAGCGCUUUGGGGUAUCCCAGGGUGACAAGGUUCGUGCUGUCGACGAUCUUUCCCAGUUUCAGGUGAAUGCUUCGGUGACUGAGACUGAGAAGAUUCAGCUUGAAGGCCUUGAUGACAUUGUGGCCCUUGCGCGAUUCCACUUAGGAGCCACCGUGGCUGGCACCAAGGUCACCAAGGUGUUUAGACUUCCCUUGUCAGGCGGCGGUGUCUAUCAAGGCCGAUUGCAUCCUGAUUUUCGAGAGGGCCGGGCACGACGCUUGAAUGGCAGAGCUCUUGACUUGCGAAGCGCAUACAAGCAGUUAGCUCGUCACCCAGCCGACGAUUGGGCUUCGGUGCUAGGCGUCCUGGACCCAGACACAAACACUGUGGCCUAUUUUGAGAAUUAUGCUCUCCCGUUCGGUGCAUCGAGCGCGGUGACAGGCUUUAACAGGGCUGCCCGAGCAUUGCGCAUUAUCAUGUCUAGACUUCUGUUCCUUGUGAAUACGUCGUUCUUUGACGAUUUCUGCCAACUUGAAAUCGAGGGUCUGACCGAUUCUGCGGAUCAGGCGGCACUUGAAAUGCUAGACCUUCUUGGCUGGGAAGUGUCUGACGGUGAGAAGCUGAAACCCUUCGCUUCGGAGUUCACCAUGCUUGGUGCCGUGCUAUCCUUCAAAGAUGCUGGCAGGGGUCUGAUUAGGGUUAGGAAUAAGGCGGGGCGCUUGGAGGAGAUUUCUGACAUGGUGGAUCGCCUCGCCUCUGACCCCACCUGUGGGGCGCGCUCUCUGCCGUCCUUGAAGGGCAAGCUCUUGUUUGUGGCUACUCAGUUGAUUCACCAUGCCGAGCGGCAGCAAGGUCCUGACCUGCAGAGCCGCGUUUUGGUAAACCUGUGGUCUGAGCAGCCGCCCGUGGUCAUCUUCACGGACGGGGCAUGUGAGGAAACGGGAAACCAGGUGACGCAUGGGGCGGUCAUCAUUGACCCGGCCUCGCAGACUCGGGAGGUGUUUGGGGGCCACAUCCCCGCGAACCUCGUGGAGAAGUGGCGAAGCUCCGGCAGGACUCAACUCAUCUUCUUUGCAGAACUUUAUCCUGUCUUGAUUGCGAGACGAAGCGACCUACCUGACUCGCCCGACUGGGGCGACAGUGAUGCUGAGCUUGAUGCUGAGCUUGCAGGUGAGCAGGGCUUUGUCUGGCCGGGGGACGACUGUCCCGAGCCUCCCGACCGCGGGGACGGCGAGUCCGACGGUGAGGCUGCAAGCUCCUUGAGCAUGAUGGGCGCAGGGAUUGGCUCUUCGGGCUAUUCGGGGGUUUCGGCUUUGGGCUCUUCGAGGGAUCUUGACUCCGUCGACGUUGAUGCAGACGGCCAGAGUGGUACAUGCACUACGAACAUGGGGCUUGCCUUUGUGCACGCCUUCAGCAGGCUGUCGCAACCCAGCGCCUCGCCUUCUUUGCUGUUGCCUUGGGAGACUCCCUUAAUGAAGACCAUUUUUGAGCCUUUGUCCGAGCCCCUGCCUGAGCUUAAGAAACCCUCUUUAGGCCUUGCCGACUUGUCCCCUCCCGAGUUUGCGAAGUAUCUGCCCGAUGCAAGUAGCAGUGCAAGUGCCGCGAAGCCUGUACAUCCUAGCCUCGACUUCAAGGCAGGCCACGCCGCCGAACAGGCCAUCAGAAUGCUUGACGACGAUGACUUCGAGAAGAAGCAGAUUAAACUUAUGAACGCUCGUAUCGCAAAGUGGCAUGUCAUUGGUUUGAGGUAUUCGGACGUAUUUGAAUUGCCUCGGCCUUCGGACGAGGAGAUCUCGGCAAUGAUGGGCACUCGGUCAGUACGUACUGUGCUUGCCAGGGCAGGGUCCAUGCUCCAGUUCGUCAGGUGGUGUGACACGGUGCGUGGUAGCAGUGAUUCCAUGUUCACUGAUGAAGCUUACUGGGGCUAUCUGCAGUUCCUCAAGACGAGUCGUGCAAGUGCUUCGAGAGGAUCAUCUUUCCUUUGUGCAGUGAGGUUUGCUUGGCAUGUCAUGGAUCUCACAAAAAUCUGCGGCUCGCCGUCACGGCGAUGUGUGGGCCUUGCAGAACAAAUGUCUGCUGAAAGAGGCACGCUGCGCCAGUGCGCCAGUCGGUUGUCGCAAAUGCUGCCCAUCCUUAUGCCAGUCUGUGGCAUCGACGAUCAAGAGUGGUUCUUGACAGCGCGGCGUGCCAUGGAGGGUAGGCUGGCCCGGCGGGGAAUCACAUCAGAGGAAGUUUCUGCCUUCUUGAAGUUAGUUGUGCCGAGCCAUGACGGGGUCUCUCGCAUUGCAUCCCAGAGUCUCAAACGCACAAUGCUCGCUUGGUCGAGCAAGGCCGGCUUGUCUAGUGAGUCUAGGGCCAUUCUUGGCAGGCAUGCAAAAUCCGUUGAGAGCUCUGAGGCCAUUUACAGUGUUGAGCUCGGGCUUCCAGCUGUGAAGCAGCUGGAAGGCAUCUUGAGGCAGGUGCGGGACAAAGAAUUUAGGCCGGAUGCGAGCCGUGCUGAUAUGUGGCGGUUCCCACCAUCGCCGCCCGCAACCGUUGCUGGAGCCAAAGUGUCGAAGCCGUUGAUCCCUUCUGUGGAGGUCAAGUCUGAGUCGGAGGCCAGUGAUUCGGAGUCCUCAAGUUCGGAAGAGUCCAGCGGAGGCCAUUCUGAUAGCUCCGAUUCUUCCAGCGGCAGCCCUCCUGCACCCAAGAGGCGUCCUCAGGCCGAGUCUCAAAGACUCAUCCUUUCGGAAAAGGGUGGAGAGUGGGUCGUGCACAAGCGGUCGCACGUGUGGCAUUGGACGUAUGGUGUCAACAUGUUGAUGUGUGGCCGAAAGCGAAGUCACAUGUACGUUCUCUCUGAUAAGGGAGAGCCAUCCGGGCCGGAAGACAGUGAUUUGAGUCACAUGGUGACGGACAGAGCAAGGGCUCAAGACCAAGGGGUGAAGUUCUCUGAAGUGGCCUUCAAGAGUCUCAAAUUUCAGGGGUUCGUGACCCUUGGGCAGCUGGCAUAUAGUGUCGGGCAGCCUGGUCAGAUCAUCCCAGACGAGGCGUUCAAUCAAUUCGUAAAGGACACCAUCCCCCGCGCAUCGGGGGCCGACUCAGCUUGUCUCCGUCGCCUCAUUUUUGAGGCUCAGACUUUAGUGCUUGCUGAUUUGCGACAGCAGAUUAACGACCCUGAUGGAUCAUCAAAGAAGGUUCCGGAGGCUGAGCGCGAACAGCGCUUAGCUUCAUUGCGGAAGCAAUUACCUGGGCUUCUCAUUGAGGGGCCAACGGAGCCAGGGCGGGCCCUCUUAGAUGAGUGUGCGAGCCAAGAAAGUGCGUGCCAGCUUAAGUACAUCAGCCCAGACCGCUGCAUCUCUAGGACCUUUGAAGUCACGAAUCACAAGAAGACUCCGAGGCAGCUUGAGUUAGAUGCCAAUCAUCUUGUGGUAAAGAAUCAGGAGGAUGAGCUCACCAUGCCCUCACACUCCGCGCUUCAGGUGCAGGAGGCCUUCCUUCGGCGAGGCCUUGCAUAUGUCUUUAGCCAGAGUGUGUCCUUUGAUGCAUAUUCGAGGUACCUCUCGAAAUUGUUCUCGCAUAUCCAUCGCGAGCCGCCCCCGAACCAUGCAAGAACCUCUGUGGCGCAGCUUGUCGAAGCCGAUAAGCUGGUCUGGACCACGCUCAUCGAGAGAGGUGUGAAGCCACGAAAGGAUGCCACCGGGGCCUUCCCCUUGGACUCAGAGCUUAUGCAAGCCUUGGAGAGCUAUGAAGUGUCCUUCGGACUUAUGCCGCUACGAAGUGGGUCCAAAUGGGAGCCCCGCAAAAGGUUCAAAGGUGCAGGCAAGGAUGGCAAGGACGACAACAAAGCCCCAGGGAAAGGUGACCAGCUGUGCUUCUCGUACAACCUUCAAGGGGACAAGUGCAAGUGUGCUGUAACUUGUGAUGCCGAAACUUUUGCAGCUCGCCUCUUGAAACAAGCGGGCGCCUUUUAUGCUGGCAUGUACCGCAAAGGCAAUGGCAUCUCGGGCCUUCGCAAAUCCUGUCGGGAAUUCCCCUUGUCUGUCGCUGCCAUCAAUGCGUUCAUGGCCCAUGCUGUGCCUACAGCUUCUUACAAUGCAUUUGCCAUACUUGACAAUGUCGCUUCCCCUGCACACCGUGACCUGCAGAAUGAACCGGUGGCCAGUCAUGUGCUGGCCCUCUCUGCUUUCGCAGGUGGGGGCAUCUGGGUGCAGUGCCCCCGAGGGGCCGUCUGCCGUCGUGUUGCUGGGGUUAACACUCCUGGCAAAGUGCUGAGCCUUGAUAAAGGCCCUGUGCAGCUGGAUGCUGCUUCGAGUUUGCACUCUACUGAACCUUGGCAGGGUGAUCGUGUGAUCCUGUCUUGCUACACCUUGAAAGGCUAUGACCUCUUGACGUCUGACCAGUGCAACAGCCUCCUGCAACUCUCCUUCCCCUUGCCCUUGCAGGUUGGGCAAUGCGCCCGCCCGUCACCUGUGGACUAUGCGGCCUUGCGCGCCGCCACUGGUAUACAGCCCAAAGCCAGCAAGACGGUACCCUUGGUACCGGAACAUCGUGCUGUCAUCGUUGUUCGAGGCCCGGCCCAACUGCUCCAGCCUCCCUGUGUCCUCAGACAACGCCUUGAAGCUGACUGGGCGGUGCCGACAUCAUGCACGUGUGCCUGGCCUUCCAUUCCGAAGUAUUCCCAACUUCUUCGGAGUGACUUGCUUGAUGUUGAGGUUAAGGAGGGAAGUUCUGGGAAGGUGCUUGAACUUGCGUGGGGGAUACCUUUCUCGCCAUCUGAGUUUGUAGACUGCGCAGUGGCUGCAGGCCACCCCUCCCUGCUCGAAGCGAACCUCCCGCAGGAGCUGCAGGAUGCGAUUACGGUUCGACCGAUCCUAGCCGUCCUAGCCCCUAAACGCCUUCUCCUCUUUAAGAGCCUCCUGCAAGAAUAUGGUUACCCGGAUUUAGAUGCCUUCAAUGAGCUCGUCAGUGGAGUCAGCUUGACCGGGGAUGCUCCACACGCUGGGAUCUUCAAUGCGGCGGAGCGGCAUGCUUCUAUGACUGAGGCCGAACUCAAAGCAAAGGCGAAGGUCAUCCAGCAGGAUGUGCUUGGAAAGGUCACCAGUCAAGGAAGUGAGAUCGAUGCGAUCGUGAAACAGAAGACGGUGGAGGAAGUGCAAAAGGGUUGGCUUGUAGGCCCCUUUGAGAUUGAGGACCUGCCAGAACAUGCCAUCAUAAGCAAACGUUUUGGCCUGCCACAAGUUUUCGGUAGGUUGGCCAAGGUUUGCCUCAAGCAUCUCACUGAUUUUGCUUACGGCGAUCUGCCUCCAAAUGUCAUGCGACAGGAACCGAUGUUUGUUUUCACCGAUGCUUGCUUUGAGCCCUCGGCAUCGGACUGGAAGUGUGGCAUUGGCGGUGUCUUGUUCAAUCAUCGAGGUUCAACAGACGAUAAUCUUUCCCGCCGAGCUUCUAGCCCUCCUUUGUGGAAUGAGGCUAUGGCUGCCGGCCGCGCCGCUGUCAUCAAGGCCCUGUUGCAGGUGCUUCUCAAGGAUGAAGAAAGUGCGGGCAUUGCUUCGUGGUAUCAGAGGAUAAAGGUUCUGAUCUUCGUGGACAACGAGGCAGCGAAGGCGGCCUUGAUCAGAAAUUAUUCUCCUUUGCUGGAUGCCGCUCACAUGUUGUCUGACAUUGCGGAGCUUGAUGUCGAGCUCGGUUGUUUUCCGUGGUAUUGCCGGGUGCCGUCCAAGAGCAAUUUUUCCGACGCUGCCUCCAGGUUGAGCUUUGGGGAAUAUGAGGAAUGUUUCCGAAGGAUUCAGCCGACCUUGGUAGUGUCUUAG